UCUGGAUUCUACACGACCGUCUCUCCUUCCUCCUUCCUUCCUUAUUUCUGGAAAAUUCAGACAAUUCUCUAGAGAGAAAAGAGACACAGAUAUCUAUAAAUAUCAGGUAUAUAAGGAAAUAGAGACGCAGUUAAACAUUUACAACCUAAUAUUCAACAAUCAUACGAUGUGUUUGGUGUUUGUUUGCGAUGAAGAUGAGAGAGUAAUAGGGAAGCAAGUGGCCCCCGGGGCGUGUCCGUACUGUGGAGGAAUGAUUCAGGCCAUGGAUGUCGAGACUCGCUGGAGGUUCUGCUUUUUACCUGUUUGCUUCAACAAUAAAAAGAGAUUCUAUUGCUCUGUUUGUACCAGACGCUUGGUCACGCAGUAUUAAUUGAUUCAUUUGUUAAUAUUAGUCUGUAAUCUCAUUUGUGAUACAAAUUAUCUGUUCAUAACUGAGUUUUGAAUCUUCCUAACUUAUUUGUACUAAUCUAUUCAUUAUUUUCAUAGAAAUUAGUCAUUUUAUUGGUUUCAUGUCAUUACUUCUAACAAUACACUAUGUUCAUGUUUAA